GACGGCAGCGGCGGCGGCGGCGAGAUCCUCUGCGGCUGGGAUCCCCGCUCAGCGGCAUCGCCGUGCGCACCCGCGAGCGCAGCCCGGCCGGGCCGGGCCGCCCGGGAAGAUGGAGCCGGGGGUCCGGGCCCGCUCGGGUUCCCCGCAGCCGGCCUCCCCGGUGCUUUGGAGGGCUCGGCCGGCGGGUGGCGGGGGCGCCUCCUCCUGGCUGCUGCUGGACGGGAACAGCUGGCUGCUGUGCUAUGGCUUCCUCUACCUGGCGCUCUAUGCCCAGGUGUCCCAGUCCAAGCCCUGCGAGAAGACUGGCUCCUGCUUCUCGGGUCGCUGUGUCAACUCCACCUGCCUGUGCGACCCGGGCUGGGUGGGGGACCAGUGCCAGCACUGCCAGGGCAGGUUCAAGUUAACAGAACCUUCUGGAUAUUUAACAGAUGGUCCAAUUAACUAUAAAUAUAAAACAAAGUGCACAUGGCUGAUUGAAGGCUAUCCAAAUGCAGUGUUGAGGUUAAGAUUCAAUCAUUUCGCUACAGAAUGCAGCUGGGAUCAUAUGUAUGUUUAUGAUGGAGAUUCAAUCUAUGCACCUUUAGUGGCCGUGCUUAGUGGCUUGAUCGUUCCUGAAGUGAGGGGCAACGAGACCGUGCCUGAGGUAGUCACAACGUCCGGCUAUGCGCUGCUCCACUUUUUCAGCGAUGCUGCAUAUAACCUAACUGGCUUCAACAUUUUUUAUUCAAUCAAUUCCUGUCCUAACAAUUGCUCUGGUCAUGGAAAGUGUACAACCAGUGUCUCUGUUGCAAGUCAAGUGUAUUGUGAAUGUGACAAAUACUGGAAAGGGGAAGCAUGUGACAUUCCUUACUGUAAAGCCAACUGUGGGAGUCCAGAUCAUGGCUACUGUGACCUAACAGGAGAAAAACUCUGUGUCUGCAACGAUAGUUGGCAAGGCCCAGAUUGUUCUCUUAAUGUCCCUUCUACCGAGUCUUACUGGAUUUUGCCAAAUGUUAAGCCCUUCAGCCCUUCCGUAGGUCGGGCUUCACAUAAAGCCAUUGUACACGGGAAGUUCAUGUGGGUGAUUGGAGGGUAUGCCUUUAACUACAGCUCUUUUCAAAUGGUUCUGAAUUACAAUUUAGAAAGCAGUAUAUGGAAUGUAGGUGCUGUAUCAAGGGGCCCUCUUCAGCGAUAUGGACAUUCUCUUGCUCUGUAUCAGGAAAACAUCUUUAUGUAUGGAGGCAGAAUGGAGACAAGUGAUGGCAAUGUCACCGAUGAAUUAUGGGUGUUUAAUGUACGUAGUCAGUCGUGGAGUACCAAAACCCCCACUGUCCUCGGACACGGUCAGCAGUACGCUGUGGAAGGACACUCGGCACACAUCAUGGAGCUGGAUAGUAGAGAUGUUGUCAUGAUUGUAAUAUUUGGCUAUUCUGCAAUAUAUGGCUACACAAGCAGCAUACAGGAAUACCAUAUCUCGUCAAACACUUGGCUAGUUCCAGAAACGAAAGGAGCCAUUGUGCAAGGCGGAUAUGGCCACACAAGUGUGUAUGAUGAAGUGACCAAGUCCAUCUAUGUUCAUGGCGGCUACAAGGCAUUGCCUGGCAAUAAGUACGGGCUGGUGGAUGACCUUUAUAAGUAUGAAGUCAACACCAGGACUUGGACUAUUUUGGCAGAGAGUGGCUUUGCCAGGUACCUUCACUCAGCCGUUCUUAUCAACGGAGCUAUGCUUAUUUUUGGAGGAAACACCCAUAAUGACACUUCCCUGAGUAACGGUGCGAAAUGUUUCUCUGCCGAUUUCCUGGCAUAUGACAUAGCUUGUGAUGAAUGGAAGACGUUGCCUAAACCAAAUCUCCACAGAGAUGUCAACCGAUUUGGGCAUUCUGCAGUGGUCAUCAAUGGGUCAAUGUACAUAUUUGGUGGAUUUUCUAGUGUGCUCCUUAAUGAUAUCCUUGUGUAUAAGCCUCCAAAUUGCAAAGCUUUCCGAGAUGAAGAACUCUGCAGAAAUGCUGGUCCAGGGAUAAAAUGUGUUUGGAAUAAGAAUCACUGUGAAUCAUGGGAGUCCGGGAAUACAAAUAAUAUUCUCAGAGCAAAGUGCCCUCCCAAGACAGCUGCUUCUGAUGACAGAUGUUACAGAUAUGCUGACUGUGCCAGCUGUACAGCCAACACGAACGGUUGCCAGUGGUGUGAUGACAAAAAAUGCAUCUCAGCCAGCAGCAACUGCAGCAUGUCUGUCAGAAACUACACUAAAUGUCAUAUCAGAAAUGAGCAGAUUUGUAACAAGCUUACAAGCUGCAAGAGCUGUUCACUAAACUUGAACUGCCAGUGGGAUCAGCGGCAGCAAGAAUGUCAGGCUUUGCCAGCUCACCUUUGUGGAGAAGGCUGGAAUCAUGUUGGGGACGCUUGUCUUCGAAUAAAUACCAGCCGAGAAAGCUAUGACAACGCCAAGCUUUAUUGCUAUAAUCUCAGUGGAAAUCUUGCCUCCCUGACCACAUCUAAGGAGGUGGAGUUUGUGUUGGAUGAAUUACAGAAGUUCACACAGCAGAAAGUGUCACCGUGGGUAGGCCUACGCAAGAUCAACAUAUCCUACUGGGGAUGGGAGGACAUGUCUCCUUUCACAAAUACGAGCCUGCAGUGGCUUCCUGGUGAGCCGAAUGACUCCGGAUUCUGUGCCUACCUCGAAAGGGCUGCAGUGGCAGGGUUAAAAGCAAACCCUUGCACAUCCAUGGCAGAUGGGCUCAUUUGUGAAAAGCCUGUCGUGAGCCCAAAUCAGAAUGCAAGGCCGUGCAAGAAGCCAUGCUCCCUGAGAACCUCCUGCUCCAACUGCACGAGCAACGGCAUGGAGUGCAUGUGGUGCAGCAGCACCAAGCGCUGUGUGGACUCCAACGCUUACAUCAUCUCCUUCCCCUAUGGACAGUGCCUAGAGUGGCAGACUGCCACCUGCUCGCCUCAAAAUUGUUCUGGAUUGAGAACCUGUGGACAGUGCUUGGAACAGCCUGGGUGUGGCUGGUGCAAUGACCCUAGUAAUACAGGAAGAGGAUAUUGCAUCGAAGGGUCUUCGCGGGGCCCAGUGAAACUCGCCGGGGUACACAACAGCGAGGUGGUUCUUGACACCAGUCUGUGUCCCAAGGAGAAGAACUACGAGUGGUCUUUUAUCCAGUGUCCAGCUUGCCAGUGUAAUGGACACAGCACGUGCGUCAACAACAAUGUCUGUGAGCAGUGUAAGAAUCUCACCACUGGGAGACAGUGUCAGGACUGCAUGCCUGGUUACUAUGGAGACCCAACCAAUGGCGGGCAGUGCACAGCUUGCACAUGCGGUGGCCAUGCAAAUGUCUGUCACCUGCACACAGGAAAGUGUUUCUGCACAACCAAGGGGAUAAAAGGUGACCAGUGCCAGCUCUGUGACUCUGAAAAUCGCUAUGUUGGUAAUCCACUUAGGGGGACAUGCUAUUUGUUCUGCUGAACUAUGUUGAUUCCAUCCGAUCACCGUGUAUGCUCAUUGGCCACAGCGACUGCUGAACUAUGUUGAUUCCAUCCGAUCACCGUGCAUGCUCAUUGGCCACAGCGACUGCUGAACUAUGUUGAUU